UAGAUAAUGAUGAUUGUUAUUGGAAGCGAAUGGCAGCUCCUGGUCUCUUCACAACCGCUGCUCUCUUCCCAUCCUUCCCCUUCGCUGCCAAUUCACUCUCUCCCUCAUUCCUUCACUCUAAACGUUGCUCCUUUCUUCUCAAAGCAUCAAAUAUGGAUGGAGUCGAAAUUAAGGUGGAAGAAGAAGUGGGUAGCAGACAAAAGAAGAAAGUAUUUGUUGCAGGGGCGAGCGGGAGCACAGGAAGGAGGAUAGUUGAACAGCUUUUGAGGAAGGGGUUUGCCGUUAAGGCAGGCGUUCGAGACAUAGAAAAGGCUAAAACAAGCUUACCAAGCAGCAACCCUGAUCUUCAAUUUGUAAAAGCUGAUGUAACAGAGGAAUGUACUAAAUUAGCUGAUGCCAUAGGUGAAGAUUCAGAUGCGGUGAUAUGUGCAACAGGAUUUAGGCCGUCUUGGGAUUUAUUGUCUCCAUGGAAGGUGGAUAACUUUGGAACAGUAAACCUUGUGGAUGCAUGCAGAAAACGCGGUGUGGAUAGAUUCAUCCUGAUCAGCUCUAUCCUAGUUAAUGGAGCUGCAAUGGGCCAGUUGCUCAACCCAUCAUACCUGAUACUGAAUGUGUUUGGUUUGGUGUUGAUUGCCAAGCUACAGGCAGAGAAAUACAUAAGGAGAUCUGGAAUCAAUUACACCAUUGUAAGGCCUGGUGGUUUAAGAAACAAUCCUCCAAAUGGAAAUAUAGUCAUGGAGCCUGAGGAUACACUCUUUGGAGGUUCAAUCUCAAGAGAUCAGGUCGCCGAAGUUGCAGUUGAGGCAUUGCUGCAUCCAGAAUCUCACUACAAAGUAGUGGAGAUAGUUGCUACUACUGAUUCUCCUAAGCACUCAUUCCCCGAACUUUUUGGCUCUAUAAAACAAAGGUAGAGCUCAUCUAUAUGUACAAAAACCUUGCACAAACUGUGCUUUCUCAAUAAACUACGGUUUUGUAUUAUUGCCUUGAUUAACAUUGUUAAGUUGCCAUUGAGUGUUGUUGUACUUUGGUUGUGUUUGUAAUCAAGCCAUCAAGGUGAGUAGGAGCUGUUACAAUUUUUUGGGGUUGAAGUUGAGGAAACCCAUAGCGUAACAUGGGAGCAUCAUGUUCGUAGAAGUUUGGCAUCUCUCCCAACAGGGACAUGAGUGGCCAAUUUGAGUAUCCCGAAAUGUGAAACCUUGCUGUUAAAACCUUUCUGUUAAAGGUUUUCCACUUUGGUGGAUCUUAAGCACAUGUUCCCCAACAAUUCUUAGUGAUUAUUUUUACAAAUAAGCUUAAAGCAAAUAUAACACUUCUCCUGGCCUAUAAUGGAA